UCUGCUUAAAUCAAACAGAAAUUCCAGAAGAAGUUCAGAAAUAUUACGUUCCCAGAAACAUCUCGGGCAAAACAAUGUGUGUUUCCGAAUGCAGCUCUGACAGUGAGAAGCCCCGCAACUGCAACAGAGGACAGUGCUCCGUCACCCUGCAAGGACCGCACUGCUACUGUGAAGCUACGGACCAGUACUGGUACACAGGAGACCAAUGCCAGAUGGCCAUCAGUAAAUCGGGUGUCUAUGGUGGAGUGGCUACCGUACUGGCUGUGCUGCUCAUUAUAAUUGUGAUUCUGGCUGUUAUCGCAUGCCGGCGUCAGAAACAGUCAGACAAACACAAGUUAAUAGACAAUGACCAGCGAUGGUAUGAUGAUGGAUGGGAGGUGGAAGGCCUGAAAUAUGGGAGUCUGAACAGUGCUUACAGUACUUAUGGUUCUGCAGGUUCCAGCUUCCAGCCAAACCUGGAAAGAGUGAACACAGAUGUAAAGAUGACUGUUCCCAGACCUAAUAUUAUGCCACAGUAUGUCCCAUGGGAGUCAACCAGCUGAGAGCACCAUCACAUUGAGUAUAUCAAGAAUCGUCACCCUCUGCUCCCAUUGACACAACUUUGUAUACCUGGGAGAGAAGACAGUGACGCAUCCUUCACAACUGUCUCAGGAGAGGAAAGACUGGGUCAAUUGUUACUCUUGUGUGGACCAAGGUAUCUCCACUCUUCUUAAAGAUGAACCUAGGAAGUCGUGAGACGUAUCUUCUUAGCUUCUGCUGCUCUUCAAGGAUUCUGUGAUGGUUCAUUUAUUUAUCAUAUGGUUCCUUCAACUUUGGAAGAACUUUUAUCAACUACCAUAUGCUAUGCAGUUUUUUUUUUUAUAUAUAAAUUACACGAUACACAUGCCUGAAUGUAUACUGUAGGCACACACCCAAAUAACUAAUGAUAUUAUGUAGCAAAUGCAAGGAAAUAAUAAUAAGUAUUACAGCAUUAAAUUGUAUAUAUGUCAAGCAACAAUCGAACAAAAUUGCAUAUUAAGAGACAAUAGGAACAAUUUUUUAAUUAUAUAUGAAAAGAAAAAAACAUGUUGCUUUUUCUUAAGUAUGGGUCUAUACCUAUCCAGACAGCCAAAUAUUCACACGCUGAUGAUUGCUAACACAGACAGAAGCACUUACCUGGUUAAUGCACAGAUCACAAAUCUACUGUAGCACGGAUCAUCGCAACCCUGUUAACUGAGUCUAUGGAUAGAAACCAUUAGAAACAUAUCUACAGAUUCCACUCACAUAGCAGCCUAGUUGAUAAUGGAGCCAAGGCUGAAUCCCACAGGUCCGAGACCAACUGUACUGUAUCUCUAGCCAGAUGAAACAAUGAUGUUUAUUGUUUACAUAUAGUCUAUAUAUAAUAAAUAACAUAGAUUAUUAACAUUCUAUUUAAAUAAUGUGUAUUUUUGCACUGCAUAUUUAUUCUAGCAAUUGUGCUUGUAUUAUCUGAAU